AUGACUGCAGCUGACUACAGAAUCAUGGAACAGGCAGGAACUAAAGAAAAAGUCAAGAUGCUCUGCAGAAAGUGUGCAGCCCUCUGUGCAAUACAGUUCAAAGAACCAGGAUCAGAGUCCUGUGACAGAAGACUGAUUUGGGACAACAGAGUCUGCUCAUGUAACACCAAUGCUGAAGCUAGGGAUAAACAGCAAACGAGAAGUGAACUGGGAGCGCUGCGGAGACCGCGGGCGGCACUGGCGAGCCACAGAACGGACGAGAGGGAGCCAGCUUGCGGCAGCGGGGCUCUCCCGCCCACAGCACCGACAGCACCUGCGGUUCCACUCCGAAAAGUUUUACCUCACCUGCACAGUCUCAGCAAAAGCUCGGAGAUAGCCUGGUUGCGGGCAGCACCGAGCCGCGCUUUCAGCCCACCGCAGCCGGCCCCUCGCUCCGCCCUAUGGGGGCUGUGGCGAGACAGGGGCGGUGCCAACAGCAGAGCGCGGCGGGCGCCGGAGCCGCGGGGAGCCAUGGACCAGGGCUGGCCGUGGCUCAACCAUUCCGCCAGCCCGCGGGCGGCGGGCAACGCCUGUGCGGCGGCCGGACAGCGCGGCGGGCCCUUCUCUGCCGACACUGCCGCGCUGUUGGCGGUGCUGAUGGGGCUGCUAGUACUGGCCACGGUGUUGGGCAAUGCCUUGGUCAUUCUAGCGUUCGUGGUGGACCGGAGCCUCCGCACGCAGGGCCACUUCUUCUUCCUCAACUUGGCCAUCGCCGACCUUCUGGUGGGCGGCUUCUGCAUCCCCCUCUACAUCCCCUACGUGCUGACGGGAGAGUGGAGGCUCGGCAGGGGCUUGUGCAAGUUGUGGCUGGUGGUAGACUACCUAGUGUGCACCGCUUCCGUCUUCAACAUCGUCCUCAUCAGCUUCGACAGGUUCAUCUGUGUCACCAAAGCGGUCAGUUACAGAGCUCAGAAAGGGAUGACCAGAAAUGCAAUACUGAAGAUGAUCACUGUAUGGAUGGCUGCUUUUCUUCUCUAUGGUCCAGCCAUUCUCAGCUGGGAGCACAUUGCCCAGAAAAGCAUCCUCCUUGAAGGAGAAUGUCAUGCAGAAUUCUUCUACAACUGGUAUUUCCUCAUGAUUGCCUCUACUAUUGAAUUCUUUACACCUUUCAUCACUGUUACAUACUUGAACUUAAGUAUUUAUCUCAACAUCAGAAGACGCACAUCCCUCAGAAAUGAAAGGCUAUCAUCACCUGGUCAAGAGGACUGUGAAAUGAGUUUCCAGGGGGAAAAAAGGGAACACACUGUAUUUUUUGUAAAGCCUGUUAACAGACACAAACAUGAGAAGACAAGAGCAAGCAGCCUUUCUCCCUCAAAAAGGGCUUCAAGGCUCAUCUUACAUAAAUUUGACCCUCAGUCAAAUCUGAAUGUCGAUCAAGACCUUCCACCACUUCAGGUACAAGUGGAGGCUGAGCCCCACCAGAACAGUUUCUACAAAACUACAGAGAGCAUUUGCAACAGCACCAAUAGAGUGGACAUGGCUAACAGUGUGGCAAAUAGAUGUAGACUUUCCCGGGAUAGAAGAGUAGCAAAGUCUUUAGCAAUUAUUGUCUGUGUAUUUGGUUUGUGUUGGGCUCCAUAUACGCUUUUGAUGAUCAUCAGAGCUGCUUGCCAUGGGCACUGUGUGCAGCAUUCACUCUAUGAGACUUCAUUUUGGCUUCUGUGGGUGAAUUCGGCCAUUAAUCCUGUUCUAUACCCACUGUGUCACACAAGCUUUAGGAAAGCCUUUAUAAAACUCCUGUGUCCAGGAAAAGCCAAAAUUCACCCUCAUAUUUUUAUGUGA